AUGGUGCAAGCCGAGGCAACAACAAAAGUGGGCAAAUCGUCACCGCUUUCGGCUCAAGUAGAGGUAGCCUGUGGCGGCGACCUUGAGCUAAUAAUCGGUGAAGAAGGGGUCCAGGUCAAGCUUCUUGUUUCCUCGACGAUUCUCAAGCUAGCAUCGCCAGUGUUUGCAGUCCUACUCGGCCCCAACUUUAAGGAAGGCCAUGAUAGUGCCCCCACUGCUGGCCUUCCAAAGUCAGUAUGCCUUCCCGACGAUGAUCCAGAGGCUAUGCUAUGGGUCUGCCAAAUUUUACAUUAUGUUCGAAAAGAGCCUAUGAAAGCCGACCUAGCGCUGUUGGGGAAGAUAGCAACACACUGCGACAAGUACGACUUAGCAUAUGCACUCGGUCCCUGGGCUGAAUAUCGCCUGCAAGUUGUAGAAUGUCACACAAUGGAGGAAUCACUGUCACUCCUUUAUUGCGCCAUCAUGCUGGCGAAUAACAAGGCUUUCCACAAGUCUACUAAGUAUUUGGUAUUACAUGUUGCACGACUUACUCCAUUAGCCAUGUUAGCAAUUAUUCAAGAUUACAAGUUAGACGGUCAGCUUUUAGCAUCAAUCGAAGCAAAAAAGGAGCAGAGCAUUCGCUGCUUUCAAUUACGAGUGGAAAGUAUCAUUUCAAUGAUCACAGCGCCAAUCAUACCACAGAAAGAGACAAGGCAACAUACGAUGCUGUUGUUAAGGAGGGCGAAUUUUUGGCCUGUCUCAAGUCUGGGAAGUCACGCAAGUUUGCACGAUUUGAUCAACGAUGCAAGGGCUAUCGUAGGGUGCGCAGGCUCGCGCGAAUGCUGGUGCGACAGUGUUGAGGCUGAGAAGACCAUCAAUGUUGCUGCCGACAAGGCCUUAGUCAGGGCAGAUGGCUUGUGCCUCACCUGUUACAAAGAGGGUGCAAUGUCGAGGAACCAGGGCAAUUGCCUCGCUAGGGAUGCAAGGGAGUGCUUGGGUAUCCAGACUGAAGGACUUGAUGAGCACGGAAUGUAG